AUGGCCUUUGAUCGAUCCAAACCCCCUUUGGCGCGAUUGCUGUGGGAGCCCAGGUGCCAGAAGGAUGCCAGGGCCCGUUGUUGUCCGGGGGUCGACGACGCCAGCAGCGCUCAUCCGCAGAGUGACUGCGGCAUUGGCCACCGCGUUCUAGCGAGCCGCUCCGUGCUGGCUCUGGUCGUUGAUGAGCAUUGCGUCUUUGCUGGUCUCCAAGGCGGAGACAUUGUCGCAUGGUCUCUCGAGACGUAUGAUCUCGUCUUGUCAGUACACGCCCACAAAGAGAGCGUGCUGAGCCUCUACCUGUCAAAAGACGGCAAUCUGCUGUUUUCCAGUGGAGGAGAUUCUGUCGUCAAUGUGUGGUCCACAAGGACAUUUGAAUUGCUCUACUCGAUUUACUCCCACCAUGACGUUGGGGAUAUUUUCACGACAGUGUACUCGUCGAGCAAUCGUACUAUCUACUGUGGCGCACAGAACACCAGUAUUCAGUGGUGUGAUCUAUCUGAAGAGGGGGCGACCCUGAAUCAGAUUUCGGCUGCCCAUCCAUCCAAGCGGGCACAUCGAUUUUUCGAUUCCCGGGGCCCUGAUGGUUCUCGUGCUCCAAGACCAUCGGAUGGCGAGCCAGUAUCCCCCGGAAGUCGCGUGUUAACCUUCAAGCGGGACCAUCAUAAGCGUUUUGGCCAUCAUGGCUACGUGUAUGCGAUGCUUCUCGUCAAGGGCCUGAUCGAAUCGGCUCCGUCAGAGGAGGCUUUAUUGACCGGCGCAGGAGAUGGAGUAGUCAAGCUGUGGCGCCUGGGCCAGGAGCCGGGAGCGACACCAACCCAGAUCUCCAAGCUUCAGAAUGGAGACCCGGUGCUCUCGAUUGCAGUCGAGGGGUCAUUGCUCUACUGCGGUCUGUCUGGCGGUGCCCUCAAUAUUUGGAAUCUCGACUCCCAACAGUUGGUCAAGCGGAUUGUCCGACACACCGGGGACCUGUGGGCAGUCCAAGUCAUCCAGGGUGUCGCGAUAUGUGGCGACUCCAGUGGAUCAGUUAAGAAAUUCAAUUCUCGGUUUGAAGAGCUCGGCGGCUGGGUGGCCCAUAAAGGCACGAUGCUCGCUUCCGCGGCAGGUCGGUUCAAGAACAGGUGGAUCUAUGCCACUGGAGGAAAUGACAACAGCGUAGGAAUCUGGGAUUUGACCGAGUUCUUCCUCGUUCAAGAAGACCUGCCUCCCAUCAGCAACGAUGAAAUGGUCAACAGCCUUGCCAAAUUUGUCUCCUUCAAGACAAUCUCGGCAAGCCCGAAAUUCUCCGGAGAGUGCAAUCAGGGAGCGGCGUUCCUGCGCCGGCACUGCAACUACCUCGGUGCGAAGACAAAGCUGUGGACUACGGGCGAAGACACAAAUCCAAUUGUCUAUGCCAGGUUCAAUGCUACCUCCAUUGACAAGGUCGAGAAGACGAUUCUCUUCUAUGGUCACUACGAUGUCGUGGGAGCCGACACCAACCGGCCCAAGUGGAAAACGGAUCCUUAUCAGCUCACCUCCAUCAACGGGUUUUUGUACGGGCGUGGUGUCUCGGACAACAAAGGCCCGAUUCUGGCGUCAUUGUAUGCCGCAGCAGAUCUUGCCCGGUCAAAGUCUUUACGGUGUAAUGUCGUUUUCAUAAUUGAGGGUGAAGAAGAGUCUGGAUCCCAGGGAUUCCACCAAACCGUGCGAGACUACAAGGACCAAAUUGGUCCCGUGGAUUGGGUCUUGUUGGCCAACAGCUACUGGUUGAAUGACUACAACCCGUGCUUGACCUACGGACUGCGCGGCGUGGUGCAUGCCAACCUGGUCGUGACGAGCGAUCACCCGGAUCUGCACAGUGGUAUUGAUGGCAGCGCGUUGUUGGAUGAACCCGUCAAAGAUCUCUCCAUGCUUGUCUCUACCCUUGUUGGGCGCAAGGGCCGGAUCAAUCUGCCUGGCUUCCACGACGCUGUCCGCCCUCUCACCGACGCAGAACAGAAACGGUUCGAGGCCAUUGCAGAUGUGCUCCUCCCGCAACACCCGCAGAUUCCCGACAGCCAGUCAUUAAUCAAGUCCCUCAUGUACCGUUGGCGUGAGCCGUCCCUUACCAUCCACUCACUGGAUGUUCCCGGGAACAAGAGCGGGGCCACCACCAUCGCCCGCCGGGCCAAGGCGAGCCUCUCGAUCCGCAUCGUCCCUGAUCAGCAGGCGGACGAUGUUGCGGCAAACCUGACAGCGUAUGCACAAGACCAGUUUGCAUUGCUGGAAUCCCAGAACGAUCUCACCGUGGAGAUCACUGGGAAAUCCGAUGCCUGGCUGGGAGACCCAGACAACGAGAUCUUCGCAACUCUGUCCGAAGCCAUUACUGUCGCCUGGUCACCAGACCAGCAAGCCCCAAGUCAUCUUUACCCUCCGGUACCCCAGAUUGCAAAUGGACAACCCCCAGUCAAGCCCAAACUCACCGGCAGUCCUGGACCCAAGCUUUUGCGCAAAGAUUCGUCCGACAGUCUUGCAUCUCACGUCGACCGAGUCAUCACUUCCACAACCACCUCCUCGGCCGGAAAAGAAGCCGCCCGCAGGCGAUCUGCCCAACCCCCCGCCACCAUUCCGACAUCAUCCACCCUGGCACAAACGGCCCCAACGACCCCCGAGCAACCGGCCCUCCUCCCUCUGAGAGGAAGGUCGGACGCUCAAACCGAACCCGCUGGCUCUGGACGAGCCUCUCCAUCCCCAACAGGAUCACAAUCCCCCGUCAAGCCAAUCUUCAUCCGCGAGGGCGGGUCCAUCCCGACGAUUCGGUUCUUGGAGAAGGAGUUUUCGGCGCCUGCUGCCAACUUACCGUGUGGACAAGCCAGUGACAAUGCCCACUUGGAUAAUGAGCGCAUGCGCGUAGAGAAUCUGUACAAGAGCCGGGAGAUCUUUCGGUAUGUGUUUGCCAAUUUGGUUGACAAAGCAUAG